AGAGGCCACCCCAGCGCGGCGCGGUGGGCGUUUCCGUGCGCGUGCGCCAGGGAAGGAGGUAAGCAUCCAAAGCUGCGGGGUUUUGGUUUGGUUUACGCGGAUGGGGAAGUACGUGAGGAAGUGCAGGGGCGCAGGAGUCAUGAGCAGGGCGCCGGCGGCCGUAGAGCUCGCGCAGGUGGUGGUCGGCGUCAGGACGCGGGCCCGCUCCGCCGCCUUCGCGAGUGAGGUGGCGGUACGGGCGCCGAAGAGGCCGAGGAAGGCGGCGGCGCGUGCGGAGGUGGGGGUGGAGACGGGUCGUGACAGCGGCGGCGCGGUGGCAGGGUGCUAUCUGCAGCUGCGUAGCAGGAGGCUUUUUAUGGCCGCGGCCGAGGUGGUGGCGCCGCGGCGUGCGGUGGCGGAGGCGGGGGAGGAGGAGGAGGAGGCGUCGUCUGCGUUGCAACCGGCAGGCUCUCGAGCUUCGGAGGAGGCGCUGGUGGCCGGGGUCUCGCGGUGCUCCAGCACGGCGUCGUCGGUGAACGUCGUGGUGGCUAGGGAUAGGAGCGGUGGCGUAGCGGAGGCACGCGAGGACAGAGGCGUGGAGAGCUCCGUCAGCGACUCCGGGAGGGAGGCGACGCCGUCGAGUUGCUCGCCGGGAGAUCUCAGCGACCAGGAGUCAAGUGAGGCGGCGGACGAUCCAAAGCACCACCGCAGGAGGAGGGCCACUGCGACGACCGCGGUCGCUUGCAGAGCGAGGACGCCACCGGCGGACGAGAUCGAGGAGUUCUUCGCCGCCGCGGAGAAGGCCGAGGCCGAACGCUUCGCGGCCAAGUACAACUUCGACGUCGUGCGCGGCGCGCCGCUGGACGUAGGCCGGUUCAAGUGGACCCCAGUGGCCAGCGGCUGAUGACGUACGACGGCCGGAAAGCGUAAAGCGGCGGCGCAGAAAGCGAAGGCUUGCCGCGUGCAGCGGGACGAAAGUUAGACCCUCCAAAGAGAACGGUGAAGACACAGCUAGCAGAGAUACCAGUAAAAGAAAGAAGCAAUUUAGCGUACAGGAGGUGGAUACGGAGAUGGGGAUCGAGCCCCCAUCGGAUUCGACUCGUCCAUGAGUUCUGUCACUGGGCUACUAUGCUUUUAUUCGUUUUUUUUUAAUCAGAUCCCUAUUUACUUGGA